AUGAGUGCUGCACCAGCUAUGAGUGCUGCACCAAUUCCGCCUGCUGUACCAAUUACACCUCCUAGGGCAGUCGCACCUAGUAUUGCGACUACCAUGCCUAUCACCACCACCAAUAAGACAAUUUCGCCUGGUGUUGCUCAAGCCGCAACCCAUGCAACUGCCCCUGUGCCUGGAAGAAAUAUUAGAGCUCGAGGCAAAAAAGGCCCAUGUGGUGCUGUUUGA